UUUUUCCCUGACAAAACUAAUCUCCCAGAAAGAAAACACACAAUGGUCACAGAGGUAGAAUUGAGCCCUACAAGUAAACAGAGCGAGUAUGUCCUAGGCACUCCGGCGGACAAGAAGACCCCUCCUCGACAAGCCCCGCGUUUGUGUUCCGUGCGCUAUGGAAUAGCGUUCAUCACGCAUCUCUGCAACUUCACAUUGUUAGCGCAGAACUCCAUCGUGAGUAUCACCAUGGUAGCCAUGGUCAACAGCACAGAGCACGCACCCCACUCCAACAGCUCCUCCAAAGCGCUUCCUGCUGCUUUAAAUGAUGAAGAACAUGAAGCCUCAACGCAUCUGUCUGUAAAGGCCCCUGUGUAUAACUGGAGUCCCCAGACCCAAGGACUCAUCUUCAGCUCUGUCCAGUAUGGCAUGAUGCUGAUGCAGGGUCCUGGUGGAUACUUGGCUGGGAAAAUAGGAACAAAGAAAGUGGUUGGAAUUGCACUGUUCGGGUCUUCACUGCUCACUCUCUGCAUCCCACUGGCUGCCAAUCUUGGACUAGCUUAUCUCCUGGCAACAAGAGUAGCCCAGGGCUUCACUCAGGGCACUGGAUAUGGGGGUCAGUUUGCACUCUGGCAGAGAUGGGCUCCUCCGAAUGAACGCAGCCGACUCUGCAGCAUUGCUAUCUCAGGAAUAAUACUGGGCAUCUUUGCCGUAGUCCUUGUGGGCGGCAUCAUCAGUGAAUCCCUCGGGUGGCCCUUCGUCUUCUAUAUCUUUGGAGGCAUCGGCUUCGUCUGCUGCCUUUUCUGGGUCUUUCUGGUGUAUGAUGAUCCUGACUCUCACCCAUGGAUAAGUGGCUCAGAGAAGGAAUACAUCUUAUCUUCCGUGGACCAACAGUUGGGCUCAGAAGAGCAGCCGCUUCCCGUAAAAGCCAUGCUCAAGUCUCUGCCUCUCUGGUCCAUAUGCCUUUGCACCACGGCCCAUCAGUGGCUUAUUAACACCUAUGUGACAUACACUCCAACCUACAUCAGCUCCGUGUUCAACAUUAACAUCAGAGACAAUGGGCUCCUGUCUUCUCUUCCCUUUUUCAUUGCCUGGGCCGUUGGUAUGCUGGGAGGCCAGCUGGCAGACUUUCUACUGAGCAAGAAUUUCAGGCUCGUAACUGUGAGGAAAGUCAUCACAAUUUUAGGAGUCAUCCCCCCUGCAGCCCUCAUCGUGGCUCUGCCCUAUGUCCAGACCAGCUACAUCACAACAAUUACAUUUCUGACCCUUUCCUGCGGAAUAAGCCCUUUAAGUCAGUCAGGAGUCUAUAUUAAUGCGUUAGACAUUGCUCCAAGGUAUGGCAGCCUUCUCAUGGGAACCUCAAGAGGACUAGCACAUUCAUCUGCUGUGCUGGUACCCAUUGUCGGUGGCCUUUUCCUUAGCCAGGACUCUGAGUUCGGGUGGAGGAAUUUAUUUUUCUUAUUGUUUGCGAUUAACCUAUUUGGCUUAAUCAUGUACCUCGUGUUUGGACAAGCAGAUGUCCAAGAAUGGGCCAGAGAGAGGAAGCUUACUCGUUUGUGAUGG